AAGAAAAAUCAUGAGUAACGCCGACGAGAGAAAGCUUACGACUGAGGAAGAAAUAAACGAGAGCUCUGACGACGACAGUGGCUAUCUUUGUACCGAUGAGAAAGGAGAUUUCCGCCAAAUUGUUCUGGGACUUCCCGCACUGAGUCUCGCUGAAAGCUUUCUCGCGGAUGAAACCACCCGUAAUAAAGCCAAAGUUGCGGCAACACUUAUUGUUACUGCCGCUGAAGAAGCGGUCGGGAAGACAGAUCAACCUUUGGCAGGAACUGGUAGCACUGUUGGGGCUCCCGACAAUAAGAUCAAAGUUGGACGACCUCGUGUCUUGUUGGAAGCUCUUGCUGCAGGUUCCGGGUCUACAACUGUCGGUUCCACCGAGGACGAAGAGCCUAUUAAAAAGGCCAAAAGAAAAGGGGCGGCGCUAUUAACCAAUCCGCCAAUAGGGCCGCCGAAGUGUAACAUUUGUCAGAAACCUUUCAGUUCCUGGAAGGCUGUCUUUGGACACUUAAGGCAGCACAAGAAUCGUGGAUAUUUAGGUUUUCUUCCACCACCAACAUUUGAUGCGGCUGAGGAAAGAUCAGGUGGGACGGUUGCUGCUUCUUCUGAUGGUGGAGCGUCGGGUUUAGGCACCGGAGGGUUAGGGAUUGAUCUCAAUGUUAGUCCAAUUGAGGAGGAUGAAGAAGCAGCUUUCACUCCAAAAUUUGAUCUCAAUAGGUCACCACCACAAGAUGACGAAGAACAGGGUGACAAAGCCGAGUAGACACAUUGAGAGACCUAAAAGGCCAAAACAUUCGAAUCAUCAUUUUUUCUCGUUUAAUUUCAAUAAUGUGCAUGUGCGUAUGCAAGCAAAUAUUCGUCUUCAGUAACAUUGUUUUCUUCCGUGUGAAAUUCUGAAAUAUUCAGUCUAUGACCCUAUUAUUGUUCCAUCGUAAAAUUUAUUAUUUUCAUUAAUUCUGUUGUAAUGGAAUAAGGCCUUUAUAGUAUGCACAACAUUAAUAGAGUGAAAGUUUUUUUUUUUA